AUGUGUUUCAGUUACAUUCCAGCGAGCUCGUCGAGUCAGAACAAGAAGACGGUAGAGCAUUCCAGGAGUGAGGAGAGUUUGGAACGUGACAGUGUUGAGGUGCACUUGGAUGACCCGAGUCUGUGUGAGAAAGGACGUGUAGGACGAUUAAUCCAGUUCUUUAGCGGCAUCAAUGCAGAGUUUACUGCGCAUGAGUCAGAUGAAGGAGGAAUAAAAAGUUCAUACCCUGGGAUUGAACCCACUCAAUCUGAGAUGGAAGUGGAAUUACAGGGGGAUGAUACAGAUCAGUCACACCUGACAUCAACUGACUAUAGAGAGGUAGUCAGUGAUAUAUGCAAUGAUCACACUAGUAGCAGUAUGAAGGAGAGUGUUGUUACCGAGUCUAGUGAUUCUCAACUAAGUAUUAACCUUGGUGUUUCUGAUAGUUUUGGAACAACUGAUGUUAGUGAAAUGGCAGAAGAGAUAACUGUUGAGGGAUCAUGUCCUUUUUUUCCCCACGUGGGGAAAAAAAGGGACCUUAGAAAUUUUAAGGUAAAAAUCCACCCUUUAUAUUUAGUAGGUUUUUACCCUUAUGUUUAG